CGUCGCGGUGCUGUCAUGCAUCAUGCAGACCUAAACUCGAAAGCGCCACACAGCUUCGUCUCUUUCCCCGUCCGUCGCCAGCAGCACGAGGCAAAAAUAGCAACCGCGCAGCCAGCGGCAGCCACUCGCGGCCCUGUACGUAGACGCAGACGGCGGAGGCCCGCGCGACGUGGCAGCGGGUGGCCAAGUUCCGUUCCGCCAUUCCAGCCAGCUCGCACGACUGGGACGGACGGAUGCGUACGAGGUAACCACCCACCCACCCCUCGCGCGCAACCAGCCAAACCACGCGGAGACGACGACGGCGAUCGAUCGGAACCCGGAACCCCCUCCUCCUCCGGCCGGCGCCCGGGAAGCGAUCACGAUCACGACCCCGAACACGAUCGCAGCCCCCUCGCCCGCGCGCGCGUCGCUCCGCCCGCCGUCGAUCAGAUGAGUGUGUCAGGGUCGGAGAGCGCGGCCUCGGCCAACAAGCCCAAGUAUUCUAAAUUCACGCAGCAGGAGCUCCCGGCAUGCAAGCCGCUGUUAACUCCCGGAAUCGUCAUCGGCGCCUUCUCGCUCAUCGGCAUCAUCUUCGUCCCGAUAGGGCUCGCGUCGCUGUCGGCGUCACAGGAGAUUGUUGAACUGAUAGAUCGAUACGACGAGGAGUGCGUUACCGCCAGCGACAAGAUCGGGUUCAUCCAGAACUCCAAGGCCAACAAGGCGUGCACCAGAAAGAUCACGGUGCCGAAGCCGAUGAAGGGCCCCAUACACGUCUACUACCAGCUGGAGAACUUCUACCAGAACCACCGGCGGUACGUGCAGAGCCGGAGCGACCAGCAGCUGCGCGACAAGGACUACAAGGACCCCAAGGCGGUGGCCAAGGCCUGCGACCCGGAGGCCACCACCGGCGACGGCUCCCUCAUCGUGCCCUGCGGCCUCAUCGCCUGGAGCCUCUUCAACGACACCUACGCCUUCUCCGUCAACAAGAAGUCGGUGACGGUGAACAAGAAGGACAUCGCCUGGGCCAGCGACAAGAACAGCAAGUUCGGCAGCAACGUCUUCCCCGUCAACUUCCAGAAGGGCGGCCUCAUCGGCGGCGGCAACCUCAACGACAAGCUACCUCUGAGCGAGCAGGAGGACCUGAUCGUGUGGAUGCGGACGGCGGCGCUGCCGACGUUCAGGAAGCUGUACGGGCGGAUCGAGACGGACAUCAUGGCGAGCGACGAGAUCACGGUGGUGAUCCAGAACAACUACAACACGUACAGCUUCGGGGGCACCAAGGCGGUGGUGCUGUCGACGGCGUCGUGGAUCGGGGGGAAGAACAACUUCAUCGGCGUCGCCUACGUGGCCGUCGGCGGCAUCUGCCUGCUCCUCGCCAUGGGCUUCGUCGUCCUCUACGUCGUCAAGCCAAGGGCCCUCGGAGACCCCGCGUACCUGUCGUGGAACAAGGAGGCCGCCGAGUACUCGCACUGAAUGCGACGCUGAAAUCACAAGGCCCGUUUUGUAGGUGGAUGCGGCAGGGCUCGUCUCAAACGUUGCUUUCUAUGCCUUCCUGAGCAUCUGAUGAUGAUGAUGCAUGGUCUGAGGCUCCGGUUUGUGGCUCUUCCGGAUCGUGAUCAGCCUACGCGAGAUGAUCUAGGAUAUAUCUAGGUGCGGCUCUUUUGUUUCCUGUUCAGUAGCUGUGAAACACAUUGUGGUUUCUGAUAAAUGAAAUCGGAGAGAGAGCUCUUUUUGUUUU